CUCUCUCUCUCUCUCUCAAAUCCCGUCACCGCCCAGUAAACUUGAGCCCACCGAAAUGCCGAGACCCUCCGCCAAAAAACUAUCCAAACUCAAAUCAAUGCUCAAGCGCCUCCAGUCUUUCUCCGGUCGCCAGCCCUCCACCCCCACUGAAUCUCCCUACACCGACACGUGUCAAUCACCCACCGAUCUGCACCCGGUCUACGUCGGUCAAUCCCGACGCCGGUACCUCAUCACCGCCCAGCUGGCGGAGCACCCGCUGCUUCAAGAGCUCUUGCAGCGCUCCCGCACNGGCGGUGAGGUUACCAGUGGUGCUGUUGUGGGGUGUGAGGUGGUGUUGUUUGAUCAUUUGCUUUGGAUGCUUGAGAAUGGGGAGGGUGAGAACGAGUCCGUUGCUGAGUUGGUUGAAUAUUAUGCUUGUUGAUGGUUUGAGGCCGGGAGGGUAUAAUUGUAAAAUAGGUGGUGAAUAAGUUGAUGAGAGUAACCCAUUCUAGUCUUUUGUGAUUGGAAUUGUUGGUUUUGUUCCCUCUUGGAAAUAUAAAUAUAUGUUAAUUAAUCUAGCUUGUGUCUUAUUUUUCUCUUUCGAGUAUAUGUAAAUUGUUCGUGUGUGAGUAUAUAUGAGUUGAUCUUAUGUCAACUUAAUUAAGUGGAUGUCUACUAAAC